UAUUUAAAACGGUGUCCCCCUCUUGCUUGCUCUUCAAAUUCACACCCCUCUCUCUCUCUCCUCUCUCUAGUUCUGCUGGUGCUUUGCUCGGGCUGCAAGUAUGUCUGGUGAAGAGGAAGAAAAUGCUGCUGAGCUCAAAAUUGGCGAUGAAUUUCUGAAGGCAAAGUGUUUAAUGAACUGUGAAGUAUCCUUGAUACUUGAACAUAAGUAUGAACAGCUUCAACAGAUGUCUGAUGAUCCAUUGAAUCAAGUUUCUCAAGUAUUUGAGAAGUCAUUGCAAUAUGUUAAACGCUUCAGCCGUUAUAAGAAUCCUGAUGCUGUCAGACAAGUUAGAGAAAUUCUGAGCAGAUAUCAAUUGGCUGAAUUCGAGCUUUGUGUUCUUGGCAAUCUUUGCCCUGAAACUGUAGAGGAAGCUAUUGCUAUGGUACCAUCUAUUAAGAACCGAGGCCGUGCUCUCGAUGAUGAGGCAAUUGAGAAGAUGUUGAACGACCUGUCGUUGAUAAAGAGAUUCGAGUGAGGCCUCUUCAUGCUUGAUCAUAGCAGUCAAGAGGGAGAACAGACAAGUUGCCAUAUUUUGCAGUGUUGACAGAUGGCUCAAUCACAAUUCGUCAUUGCACUUUGAAUUGUAGCCCGAACAAAGUUCGACUUGAUGAAUCAUGUUGCAUUGCAUCAUGACCUAUCAAAAUUGUUAUCAUUCUCCUGCGUGCAAACUGUGAAUUGGCGCUGUUAUUGCUGUGUCAGUGCACAAGAAUGAUCUAAUAUGACUCUCUCUAUACGCAAUGAUUCCUUGCUAUUAAUUUUUUAUCACAAGGAGAAUAUCCUUC